AUGAACGAAAAGGCGCCACUGUUAAAUACGGACUUGAAUUCGAACAAUUACGGCUAUUAUGGACAAGGCGGCAAGGGCUCCUGGCUUCAGAGAAGGAGAAAAAGAAAGGCCAUCAAGGAGGUCAGUUUAAUGAACUUUUUGACUCUUUCUUCGAAGUUUCAGUACUAUGAAGACCUUGACCGACUGACUGGACUAUACGAAGAUGAUAUGGACCUGAUGCAAGGCCGCAAAAAGACUCAGGUUAUUUUAUUACUGAAAAAGAAAUUCGAAGCUUUUCAGAAGCCCAAACCUGCGAUGGACCGUUAUUUGGCUCGAGCGGCGAUUAUUCUCAACUUGGCAUUAGUUUGCGCAAACUUGACAGCGGCCUAUCUUUCUCACAGCUUGUCGAUUGUCAGGUUCAGAAUAAAAAAAAUCGAAGUUCUUAAUUUUUUAGAUCUUCUGUGUGUGUCGUUAAAAGUGAUGAAAAACAUCAUUUUCACCUUUUUUUUUUGCAUAAAGCCUAUUAAAAAGUUCUAACCGUUUUUUCUGAUUUCAACUUUUUGGGCGAAUACCCUAGACUUGCUCAUAUUUUUGAUGAUUCUCAUUAAUCAUUAGUUGAAACCCAUUUUGUUUUUAAAAAUUGUUUCAUUGAAGUACCUUCGUGGACUCGUUGAUGGACGUGACUAGCGGCGCGAUCCUCGGCGUUUGUUUGUGGCUCAUCGAAAACACGAACAGUUUCAAUUACCCCAGAGGAAGAGCAAGGUUUUUCCGAUCUAUAAAAAUCAUUUUUUCACUCAGAUAAUUUAAAGAUUGGAAUUACUUGGAGUGAUCUUGACGUCGAUCCUCAUGGGCAUCGCCAACAUGGUGAUCAUAGCGAAGUCGAUCUCAGUUAUCGUCAGCGGAGAUGUUGGUUUUUGGAAAGUAUUAACAAGAGCAGAUUGUGACGAGAAUGAAGAAUUUCGUACGAAAAUCUUCGAAAAACUGCAGAUCAACCCCGUCGUGAACCUUCCGACGCUGGCCAUAGUUUUGGGCGGCUCUGGAGUGAAGGCGAUUCUGAUGACGGUUUGUUUCAGACGAGGAUCGCCUUCGUCCGUGGUAUCAAGACUUUUCUUCCUUCGAACAAUGGAAAUAAACACGUGUAGGUCCUUGCAAUGGACAUGCGGAACGACAUUUUCACUUCUCUGGUGGGUCUGACCUCGGCCGUCAUCGCCGACAACUUCUGGAUCUACGCCGACCCGAUUGGAGCCAUCAUUGUCUGGUAACUCUCCUUCCUUCCAACUUCAGGAUUUCGAAGCCUUUCAGUGGUCUGAUAGCCCUUUCUUGGUUCCGCCACGCCGGCGAGUACAUCCCAAGCCUGGUCGGAAUCCGUGCUGAGCGGGAGCUUUUGAGUCGGAUUCUGAAAAUUGUGAUAGAACACGACGAUCGGAUCAAGUCAUUCACAAAACUGUGAAUAAUUUUAGCCUAGAAAUUUCAGAUGUGUCGACCACAUUAUGGUGUACCACACCGGCGUCGACGCCUUAGUUGAGCUUCACAUUGUUUUGGACGAGAACUUGCCUUUGAAAGUGAGUUUCUUGGUAUUUUAGCCCUGAUUAAGGUUGGUAAUAAUUUUUUGGUACGCAAAAGCGCUGUAAUUUUAAACUAAACUUAUGGUAUCAAGACUUUUCUGCCUUCAAACAACUUGAAUAAGGCUAAACUUUGGCUAAAUUUUCAGAUUUUCAGUAGGAGCCUCUUAGAAAACUUAUCUGGUUUGAAGAUUCAAAUAGGAAAAUGAAAAAUGAAAAAAACUGAAUACAGAAAGAAAUUUACUGAAAAUUCUAAACUUAAAUCUGUUUUCUACAGAAGCAAGCAGAGUGAAAAGAAAAAAAAUUUCGAAAACAAAAAAAGUUUUUUUUGAAACUACUCUCGAAUUUUUCAAUCUCACGGCGAUUCGGACCAGAAACCGAAAUAAGUAUGAUUCCAGGACCUGAGUGAAAUAUUGGAGUAAUAUCCUGUUUCAGAUCACACAUGACAUCUCGCACCCGCUGGAGAAAAAAUUGGCGCGUCUGGAGUUUGUCGAGAGAGCUUUCGUGCACUGCGACUAUGAUUGCGACGGCGACUGA